AGGCCGUAGGAUGGGCCUUGAAUGAGAAGAGUUGCAAGAUGUUCUAUGGCGUGCAGGUAAAGAAGGAGCAGAUUGCCAGUACAACGGCUCCGCACCGGCUUGUCCGAAUCCGAAGAGUGGCGAAUGUAGCAACAAAAAGUACCGGGCCGGGAUUCAAAGUCAAUGCAUGGGGCUUGAUCCUGGGAACGUGUUUGCUCUUGCACCCAGCAAACCAAGCUGUGGCUCUGGACAUCGAGACCGCUCAAAAAACAUGGAAAUGUCUUUUGGGUGGAUGCAGAUCUGAGCUGGUUCGAUGCGUGGGAGAUCCUUCAUGCGCUGCCAAUUUAGUUUGUCUGGAAAUUUGCAGUCCAGGAGACUUGAAUUGCCAAGUCAGAUGUGGAGACAUUUUCCAGAACAAGGUUGUAGAGGAAUUCAACACAUGCCUCCUGAGCAAAAAAAAGUGCAUCCCUCAAAGUGCCAACGACGGCACCUACCCGGUACCUCCAGACUGCGCUUUGGUGGAAAAGUUCAACACCCAAGACUUCACAGGCACAUGGUAUAUUACCAGCGGUCUCAAUCCCUUGUUCGAUCUCUACGAUUGCCAAGUCCAUGAGUUCUCGGCCAGCCCCAACAAGCUCACCGGAAAAUUGACGUGGAGGGUGACCACCCCCGACGGCGGCUUCAUCACACGCGACGCAACACAAAAUUUUGUGCAGAAGAAUCCCAAACGCCCGGGAGUCCUCUCCAAUCAUGACAACGAGUACCUCAAUUACAAGGAAGAUUGGUGAGCAAACGUCCAACAACCGCCAUGAAUCUUAUAAGGAAAGCUUCCGUGUGCGUGCGGUGCGCGAUUGCCAGCAUAGCUGCGAAUCCUUCAUGAGCAAUUGACGGAUUGAUUGGGGGCUCUUGCGCAGGUUCAUCGUCUCCGCGCGGCUCAACAAGCAACCGGACGACUACAUUUUCGUGUACUACACCGGGUCCAACGAUGCAUGGGACGGCUAUGGUGGGGCUAUUGUCUACACACGGAGUUCAAGCCUCCCCAAGUCCAUUGCCCCCGAGCUGCGGCUUGCUGCUGCUAAAGUCGGCUUGGAUUUUGACAACUUCAAGACGACUGACAACAGUUGCACUCCGCAGCCAUCUUUGUUUGCUAAAGUCCACAAGAGAUUGUUCGAAGGAGAGAAAGCUCUAGCUAAUAGUUCUAACUAGUCAUUAUUCUCCUCUUUGUGUUUAGAAUUAUUCUACGAAGUGUCUCCUACGUAACAUAACCCUACAUCCUAACUUGCCACGCCAUCAGACAGCAAGGCGAGCAAAGAACGGCAGAAUGUAGCGAGACAGCGAGGAUGCUUUUGGCUCAGAGCGAAUAAAAUAAUGAUACAUGGUAUUUAGAAUGUAUUACACUCCUUGAACUUGAAGCUCUCCUCCGUUCCACCGAGGUAAAUGGCCAGAUAUACGCCAUAAGGCACGAAAACAUUGUCAUGAUGGCGAUCUCCCAAGAUCUGCAGUCCCUAACAGCCCUUGAAUUCCUUCAUUCACGUGAAAAACAAAAGGACAAGGUGACCCAUCCCUCCCACCAGUGGUCCCGUUACUAAUGAAUGGUGAGUGUGCUAAGGAGUUACCGUGUAGGAGUCUGUGGCGUAUUGGAAAAAUGGCAACCCGUUGUGCAUCACUCCAGCUCCUGUUACCAGUUGCAUCAGCUGCACCAAUAGCGAAGCCCAGAAGUAGCAGGAAAUGCAGCAAACGUGCGAGAUCCAAGGUUGUGGCACGGGCAGCUCCGCCUCAAGAGGCCCUUCUCGGAUCACUGAAGGAGCUCCAGAGCCUUGUCUCCCCCAAGGUUGAAGAGAGCCAAAGGAGCCGUGCGAAAUCGACUGCAGAGGAAGUCAUGGAUGGCAUCUCCCUUGAUUCCAAAGUUGUUCUCAUCACAGGCGGUAGCGCUGGGAUUGGAUUCGAAACAUCUAGAGUGCUCGCAAGAAGAGGUGCUCAUGUCGUCAUUGCCUCCGAGAGCCUUAAGGCUGCACACGCAGCAAAACUCAAGAUUUUGGAGCAAACACCCAAUGCACAGGUCACCGUGCUCCAUCUCAAUCUCGGGUCGAUGUACUCUGUGCGAAACUUCGUGGCUAAGUUCAAAGCUCUGGGCCUGCCACUUCACAUACUCAUUAACAAUGCAGGAAUCGCUUCAAGCCAGUUCGUCCUGUCAGAGGAUGGCCUGGAGAUGACAUUUGCAGUGAAUCACGUUGGCCAUUUCGUUCUCACUCACUCACUGCUCGACUUGAUAGAGGAGACUGCAACGCAAUCCGGCAACCGAGGCAGAAUCGUCGUUGUUGCUUCCAGCCAACACGAGAGUGCUCGGGGAAUUAAUUUUAAGAAUCUUCACAGAAAAAGUUGGAUGUUCGCAGUCCCUGUUUUGCAGAGCAUUCAUGGACUGUCCACGGUUUAUGCACAGACCAAACUUGCUAACAUAUUGUUUGCCAAGGAACUGGCACGUAGACUCGAGGAGCAAGGAGUGAACAUCUCCGUGAACGCGUUGCACCCUGGAGUAUUCAACAGCAGCUUCGUUGAGAAAUUUGCUGAACCAGCAGGCUUGGCAUUUUCGUGGAUUGAACCAUUCUUGAAGACGAUUGAACAAGGAGCAGCUACAACAUGCUACGUGGCGGCACACCCAGAUGUCGAGGGCAUUUCCGGAAAAUACUUUGCAGACUGCCAGGAAACCUCAGGCAGCAAGUAUGCCAGCGACAUGGAGCUGGGCAAAGAGCUAUGGGCCUACACAGAGGACCUCAUCGCGUCCCACGCUAAUCUAGAAGACUGCCAUCUGCCAUCUUAGCGGCUCCCACUAUUGUGCGGCUUUCACUGUCGCUCUGGAUCUUGCUCGCAGCUCUAUAAGCUGUUUCACAUCACCUCGCAUGGAAUUUCCAGGUGUAUUAUACCGAUUCUUUCUGAGCUCUCUCCAGGUAAGCUGCGGCAACAGAUUUAUAUUAUGUAAUCUUCAUCAUGCUAUGGGCAAGAUCAUCUGGAGAAGUACGCAAGAACCGAAGAGGAUGGAGGCUCCCAUCGUACAAAGCCACAAAGAUUCUUGGCAGCUCGAAGAAAAACAGAACGGAGAGCAAUCAUGCCACAAAAUUGACCGUGUAGAAGCAGAAUCUCGCUAGUUUUGGAGCAGCUUCUCUAUGAGAAAGCACAAAGACCGGGUUUCAGCACAUAUCGACAGCUUACUUGGGAUACGACAUCCCAGAAGCAUUGCUGCCAAAUGCGGACUUCCCCCAAACACCGUGAGCAAAUGAGCACCACGGAACUCUAGUUCCGUUCCAACAUAGUGCGAAGAAACGGAGCUUGGGGAGUCCCAAACAAAGACGGUAACUCCGUAUUCGUCGUACAUUGUAGUUUUCCGGAACGGAUUACUAGUAUUUAUCCUGAGCCAACGGAAAACGAAACUCCA